UAAUAAAUUGCUUAGAUUGGAACGUAUUGCGCCCAACGUUUCCUCCCCUCCUUUCUCUUUUACUUUCUGCCUGUUUUGCGUCUGCGAUUGCAAUUCUUCGAAUCUAUACAUUCUUUUCUUUUUGGGCAGAAGGUAUGGCGAGAACCAAACAGAGUACGCCGUUACGGAGGGAACCUUCGUCGGAAUACAUUCAACGUGAAGCGCAUGGAACACCGAGUCGAAGUCCUCGGAAUAUGGACAAGGAAAAGGCAGUGGAGGAUGUAGAGAAUGGACAUGCUAACGGAGAUAUCCUCAAACCAGCAGUGUCGGCGACAAAAGAAGCUGGCGCAUUGCAAUUCAUUAUAGCGGUUGGUGGAAUUUACGGGUCCUUGUAAGUAUAUCCUCAACCCCCCAAUGAACCAUUUCUAACCCCCAAGUCAGUCUCACAUGGGCUCUCCUACAAGAGCGACUCACCACCACUCCCUACGGUGAUAUCUCCAACCCCGAGAAAUUCAAAUUCCCCGUCUUCCUGAACACGGUGCAAUCCCUCUUCGCAGCCCUCACCGGGUACAUGUACCUCCAAUUCGACACCAAAGCCGGCUCCUCACCCGCACCCAUAUUCCCCAAUCGUCGCAUCUUCGUCCCCUUGCUGCUCGUGGCCACAACCUCCUCCCUGGCCUCACCAUUCGGCUAUGCCUCCCUCGGUCACAUCGACUACAUAACCUUCAUCCUCGCCAAAUCCUGCAAACUCCUCCCGGUCAUGUUCCUACACAUCACCAUCUUCCAGAAACGCUACCCCUUGUAUAAAUACCUCGUCGUCCUCGCCGUCACCUCGGGCGUAGCAGUCUUCACCCUCCACGCAGGCUCGGGGAAGAAAGCCAAACCCUCGAAAGCAGCCAUGAAUCCGGAUCGCAAUGGUACAUGGGGAUUAUUGCUUCUCGGUGUGAACUUGCUUUUCGACGGGUUGACGAAUACCACACAGGAUUAUAUUUUCCAGACUUUUCAACCGUAUAAGGGACCCCAGAUGAUGUGUGCGAAUAACCUCAUAAGUACCGCUCUUACAUUGAGUUAUCUGGGCCUGUCGCCGUAUAUCGUGAAUACGGGGAUUGGGGAGUAUCUCGGUAUGGAUCUCUCUUCUGGAGGCGGGGGAGAGUUCGCCGCCGCGUGGAGGUUUCUGAGUAGAUAUCCGGGGGUAUGGUAUGACGUCCUCGGCUUCGCUAUCUGUGGUGCCGUUGGACAGGUAUUCAUUUGUACGUCCCCCUAUUCCCCCUUUUUUCUUCCCUCCUAACCAAACGCCAUUCUCUAACAAAUUUUAGUCUACACCCUCGCAACCUUCUCCUCCCUCCUCCUCGUCACCAUCACCGUCACCCGCAAGAUGCUCACCAUGAUCCUUUCUGUGAUGUGGUUCGGGCACCAUCUGAAUGGUAAGCAGUGGAUGGGUGUGGGACUUGUUUUUGGUGGGAUUGGCGCUGAGGGGGUGAUUACUAGGAGGGAGAAGGUGGCGAAGGAGAAAGCGAAAGCUGCUGGUGGUAAGAAGGGGCUUUAG